GACUUUGGCUGUCAUUUGACGCUAAACGAGCGUCGGGUAACAUUGUCAACGCGUCGUCUUCUAUCCAGCUCCAGCUCCAGUAAAAAGCAUUCUGAAAUGGUGCAUCAUCACAUGCUGCUCCUUCUGCUGGGCGUGUCUUGCCUUGGGCCCAGCCUCAUCCUCGCCAGUGAUCAACAGGCGCGAAUUGUUUGCUAUUUUAGUAAUUGGGCAGUCUAUCGACCUGGCAUCGGACGUUAUGGUCUCGAGGAUGUGCCUGCGGAUAUGUGCACACAUUUGGUUUACUCCUUCAUCGGUGUGGAUGACAAGAACUGGGAUGUCCUCGUCAUAGAUCCCGAACUCGAUGUGGAUCAAGAUGGUUUCCGCAAGUUUACACAACUGCGUCAAACACAUCCCAAUCUCAAGUUGCAGAUUGCUGUUGGUGGCUGGGCGGAGGGUGGUUCAAAGUAUUCCAAAAUGUCUGCGGUGCGUGAGCGUCGACAAAGUUUCAUACGCAGCGUGGUCGAGUUCAUGAAGAAAUACGACUUCGAUGGCUUCGAUCUCGAUUGGGAAUAUCCAGGUGCCACGGAUCGCGGCGGCAGCUACGGUGAUAAAGAUAAGUUCUUAUAUUUCGUGCAGGAAUUGAGACGCGCUUUUGAUCGCGAGGGUCGCGGCUGGGAGAUUACGAUGGCGGUGCCAGUGGCCAAGUUCCGAUUGCAAGAGGGCUACCAUGUGCCCGAGUUGUGCGAACUGCUAGAUGCCAUUCAUGCCAUGACCUAUGAUCUGAGAGGCAACUGGGCAGGAUUUGCGGAUGUGCAUAGCCCUCUUUAUAAGCGCAAGCAUGAUCAAUAUGCAUACGAACGACUCAACGUGAACGAUGGCCUGGCGCUGUGGGAGGAGAUGGGCUGUCCAGCCAACAAGCUUGUGGUUGGCAUUCCCUUCUAUGGACGCACUUAUACGCUGAGCAACUCGAACAAGAACUACAACAUGGGCACCUACAUCAACAAAGAGGCGGGCGGCGGUGCUCCAGGACCUUAUACGAAUGCCAGUGGCUUCCUGGCCUACUAUGAGAUAUGCACAGAGGUAAUGGACAAAUCAAAAGGCUGGACCGUCGAAUGGGAUGAGUCUGGCAUGGUGCCCUACACCUACAAGGAUACACAGUGGGUGGGAUACGAGAACGAGGCAUCGGUGCAGAUCAAAAUGGACUUCAUUAAGGAGAAGGGCUACGCGGGCGCCAUGACGUGGGCGAUUGAUAUGGAUGAUUUUCAUGGGUUGUGUGGACCAAAGAACGGGCUAAUGCAAAUACUCUACAACAAUAUGAGAGACUACGAGGUGCCGGAGCCAACGCGUGAAACAACGCCGCGGCCCGACUGGGCAAAGCCGCCCGCCACGCCUCCGAAUCCCGAUGAGGGCGAAGUCGUGUUGCAGGCGACGACGACACGCAAACCGAAACCAAAGCCAAAACCAACGUCAACGCCAACAUCAGCACCUUUGCCAGCUGUAAGCAGCACCACCAAGAAAUCCCCAACAAAGAAACCCAAGAAGCCGAAGAAGACCUCUACCACAACAACGACAACUACAGUGGCACCCAAGGUCACCGAGGAGCCCGAGGAAGUCCUGGAUCCCGAGCAACCAGUUACACCUGGAGAUGGCGAUGGCUUUGAUAUCAACGAAAUAGAUUGCACAAAUCGUGACUAUGUGCCACAUCAUUGCCGAAAGUACAUCCGCUGCGUGCAUGACAAACCCGUUGAAUUCGAGUGCAAAGAGGGCACAGCCUUCCACACAGUGCUGAAUGUUUGUGACUGGAUCGAGAAUAGUGAUCGAUACUAUUGUACUCGCAUGAAGAACAAAGAGCGUGGCAAUGAGGCCCAUUAGAAAACGGGAAAUAACAGCAAUAAGAAAACAAACAUAUUGAAUCGAAAUGAUUUCCAAAUAUUUAAAAACUAAUUUAAUACACACGUCUUAAGUUAAGGCAUCUAUUUUUAGGUAUCAGCGUGAGUAAUAGCUUAGUCUUAGCUUUUCCCAAGUACAUAAUUUAAUUUAUCAACACGAAAGUAUCAUAAAGAAAAUGAUAUUAGUUUGCCAGACGAAAGCAAUAAAAACAAACUACAUAAACUGAA